AUAAACCCUAGUUCUUCCUCCAAUCCAUUAUAUUGAUUGCUCUAAUCAGAUUCCGACGGAAACUAACUGAUCCUUUCUCCGAUCGAUAACAACAAUGUCUCACUCUGCUGUUUCUCAGGCUGGUGCUGUCUCAAUUUCAAUUGGAAACGAACGUUCUCUUAGAAGAUCUGUCUUCAAGCAGAACAAUAGCAUAAGCUUUAACAGCAAGUCAUGGUCAUCUUCCUUAGCAUUGAACCAGAAGACAACAAGCAUAAGAGAUGCAAAACGGUACACCAACACGACAAUAUGCAUGUCGGUUCAACAGACAAGUAGUUCCAAGGUUUCUGUCUCUCCUAUAGACUUGGAAGACCCUAAGGAUCCUCCUUUGAACUUGUACAAACCCAAGGAGUCUUACACCGCUAAGAUUGUCUCCGUGGAGCGAGUCGUUGGCCCAAAAGCCCCGGGAGAAACUUGUCAUAUCGUAAUCGAUCAUGACGGUAACCUUCCUUACUGGGAAGGGCAGAGUUACGGUGUGAUUCCUCCCGGUGAGAACCCGAAGAAACCGGGAGCUCCACACAAUGUGCGCCUUUACUCGAUUGCAUCAACAAGGUAUGGAGAUUUCUUUGAUGGUAAAACAGCGAGUUUGUGUGUACGUAGAGCUGUUUAUUACGAUCCCGAGACUGGAAAAGAAGAUCCUUCAAAGAACGGAGUCUGCAGCAACUUCCUAUGUGAUUCAAAGCCCGGAGACAAGAUUCAAAUCACCGGUCCAUCUGGGAAGGUAAUGCUAUUACCCGAGUCUGAUCCAAACGCGACACACAUAAUGAUAGCCACGGGAACAGGAGUGGCUCCUUACAGAGGCUACCUACGUCGAAUGUUCAUGGAAAACGUCCCAAACAAGACAUUUAGCGGCUUAGCUUGGCUCUUCUUAGGUGUGGCCAACACCGAUAGCCUUCUCUAUGACGAUGAGUUUACCAAGUACUUAAAGGACCAUCCAGAGAACUUUAGGUUCGACAAGGCAUUGAGCAGAGAGGAGAAGAACAAGAAAGGUGGAAAGAUGUAUGUGCAAGACAAGAUUGAAGAAUAUAGUGAUGAGAUCUUCAAGCUAUUGGACAAUGGAGCUCAUAUAUACUUCUGUGGGCUUAAAGGAAUGAUGCCUGGGAUUCAAGAUACACUUAAGAGAGUUGCAGAGGAGAGAGGUGAGAGCUGGGACUUGAAGCUUUCUCAGCUUAGGAAGAACAAGCAGUGGCACGUUGAAGUCUAUUGAGCUCUUUAUUUGUCUUUUGCUGUUUUUGAUUUUUGAUUUAAGAAUCGUAAUAAAUUGAAUUGAUGUUGUUCUACUUUUAGAACAUGAUAAUAUCUGAAAUUUGUUGGUCUGAGUAGAGAGAUUCUUUGGAAUAUUCUCAGAGAAUAAUCAAUGGAUCAUUUAUGU